UAUUUUUUUGUAUGUCACUGUGACAGUGUCAUCUGAUUUUUUUGUAUGAAACAUUAUUUUGCAGUUGAUGGCCAAUGGUCAUCCUGGAGUAGUUGGUCAAAGUGUUCUCCAGAUUGUGGAGAUGGUUUCCACUUCCGAUCACGUGAAUGUGAUCAUCCUGCUCCUUCAGAUGGUGGAUUCAAAUGUUUGGGUAAAACCUACCAAGAAGAGCCAUGUGUUGGGCUGGUGUGCACUGAAAAAAGUGAAGUUAAUCCUAUUCUGUCAUCAUGGUCUAAUUUUCAUGCAUGUACAGUACCAUGCGGAAAAUAUGGAACAGCCAAAAAAGAAAGACAAUGUUUAAACCCACAUUUGUGUCCUAAUGGAUUGAAGACUCAGAAAAUUAUAAUUGAAAAACCAUGUUAUUUAGGUGCAUGCCCAAGUGAGUUUGAUAAACAUGAUUUAGAUAUGUCACCUACCUCUAGGGUAUUCCAGAGAGAUAAACCACCUGAUGAUGAGGCUGACGUUGAUCCAAUGAACCCUUUUAUAGAGGAUUAUUACACAUCUUGGUCGACUUGGACUAAGUGUUCAAAGACUUGUGCUACAGGUAUUCGAGAAAGAUUCAGAGGUUGUAAGAAUAUAACAGGGUUAAGAUGCAAGGGAGAAAGAUGGCAAGUACAACCCUGCAAUUUGGUAAAUUGCCCAGUAAUGGGUGGAUGGAGUGAAUGGGAGACCUGGACUGUAUGUAGUGUUACCUGUGGAUUUAAUGGUAUACGAACAAGGUACAGACGAUGUGACAAGCCGUAUGCUAUGUUUGGUGGUUCCUGUGUUGGUAUAAGUGAAGAGACAACACAGUGCCAGAAAACAGUAAAGUGUGAUGAAAGGAUAUCUUACAGUGACUGGUCGACUUGGUCAGGAUGCUCCAAGUCCUGUGGUAAUGGUGAAAAAUUACGCACUAGGAAAUGUAUUAAGCCAAAAAAGAAUCGAAUUGUUUGUUCUAGGUCAGAUACUAAAGUCAAGUCUCGGUGUAAUAUUAAGCCUUGUCCAACUACCAUUCACAAGGGUGUGUCAUUGAAAAAUGGAUAUUUGCUUUAUAAAAAAAGAGGUUAUCCUGCAGGAUAUUAUUCUCUGUUUUUGUUAUUUAAACCAACAAGUAACAAGAAAGCACAUUUAUUGAAGCAUGAAUAUAAUGGAUGUAAAAAUGAGAUGACAUGUAAGAAUUCUCUUGAGCUAAUUAUUGAUGAGAACAAAGUACUAGUCAAUAUGAACAGUUCCGGUACUAUAGUGAAGAUGAAAACAGAGGAUGAAUCUAUACAGGCAAAGAAAUGGCACAACAUAUAUUUACAUCUAUCUGAAGACCGAAUGUUUCUUAGAUUAGAUGAAGGCAAAAAAUAUGAAACAAAGCUGGAGGCUGACAAGAAAAUAAAAAUCAACUUUGAUGGAUUUACUCGAAUUGGAUCAUUUUCUGGAGAUGUAGCAUCAUUACGAAUGAAUUUGAAGGAAUAUGCAUUGGAAAAAGAAAGAUCUAGAUCAUUUACUUCUCCUAAAAAAUCAAAAAACAACACAAAUGUCAUAUUUAAAGCAGACUCUGUCAAUGGAAUAGUUGGUUAUUCUUUGUUUAGAGGAAAUUCCUUCGUCAAAAUACCUGUGAAGGCAAAUGAAGCUCUAAAAGUAGAACUGGUUUUUCUGGCAAUUUCAACUGAUGGGGUAUUAUUCUUCAACAAGGGAAAAACAGCAGGAUCAUAUGUGUAUAUCAUACUUAUCAAAGGGACAAUGAAAAUGUGUGUUUCAAUUGGGCAAUCAAAAAAAUGUGAGACAAUACUGAAUAUCAACAUUUAUAAAUGGUAUUCCAUAAGUCUUCUAGUUAGUGGACAAAAACUUGAAUUAAGAGUCAAUGAGGGUAGUGCAUUUCAAGUGUCUUUUCUUGAACAUGAGUAUUACCCAGCUACUCCAGUUUGCAUUGGGGGAGGUGAAAAAGAAGAUCUUUUCAUGUAUUUAAUGGUCAUUGGAAUAAAAGAGGGCUUUCAAGGAGUCAUUCAUGAAAUAACAGUCAAUGAUAAGACUUUUGAAAUGCAUGCAAAACCUAUCUUAAAUGACAUGGGAAUCAUAUCAUCUAUAGGAUUAACUAAUCCAGAACGUGUGAGUGUUGCAUAUGAACACCAGGAGAGUGAAGUAAAGUUCCGCUGUGAUUACACAGACUAUAAGGAGGAGAGUGGUAACUCGAUGGUGGAAUGGUUUAAAGAAGAUUUUCUCGUCGACUUGAGCAAUUUAGUGAAAAUUAAUCACAAGUUAAGUAUCUAG